AUGAAUCUCUCAAUCGACAAGACGAUGCCUGCCAGCAAUCUCCUCUCGGAGCAGGUCCAGCUCGGAGGCACCUACGUUGACACCGUUGUCGAGAUAUCCGAAGAGCUGUUUCACAUGAAGGAGCUUCUACCCCUAGUCAAGCUCCUGACCCUCGUCUACAAGAUGCGCUCACCAAACGCUGAUGAGGAGCAUCACAUGAACACCCUUUUGCGGACAUUGUCAGGCGACAACCUCAAUAAGAUAACUACGGACCGGUAUCCCGAAGGAUUCACCAGAGACGAGAUCGUCAAGUCAUUCAGCAGAUUUCUGAGCCCAGUUCUCAACGGUCUCACCGGCCUCGGCGAUUUCGAGCAAGCCGUGGGCGCUGGCGAAGACCCUGACUCAUUCCGCCAAUUCUGGGCUCUCGACGACAGAAAUCUGCUCUCCGACGCCGCUUCAGGCAGAGGCCCCCUCGCCGCAAGCACAGAGCCCAUCAUCCCAUUCCUCGAGACCUUUGUCAAGGACCGCAGUCGCCGCAUAGCCUUAACCCAGGAUCACGGCGCUCUAGUGCUGGUUCCCAACCAAACGAGGUCCGGCGACGAGAUUUGGAUGAUGUCCCGUGCGUCGUCCCUGGUUGUCGUGCGAAGACUUGAUCAGCCGGAAGACUCGACGACAGACCUGAGCGUCCUUGGCGAUGCUUACAGCCACGGGUUUGUCAAGGGUAAGCCGCCACGGGGCUGCAAGCGUCAGGCAUACGACGACCUGGAAUUCUUGACAUCGUCCGUUGCUGUUGGCCUCGCCGGCGGUGUGCCGAGGUAG